UCGUUCCCGAACUGCAGCUUGAGUCAGUUGUGUGGAGGUGGCAGCGGCGGCAGCUCGGGCUGGCACACCGGCAGCUCGGGCUGGCACACCGGCAUCAGCUGGCACAACGACCCCCGUCCUUGGCUAGCCACUGGCACCCAGGGUCUGCUGGAGCCAUUGGGACUGGAACCAGUCACCCCAGCUCUUCACCCCACAAAGCACCCCACCAGUGCUCUCUUCCACCAGUGACGUGACCAACCCCACGCAUCUGGGCGCUGGCCCCGUACCUGGCACCAAGAGCGACGUGCCCGGGGCAUGACGGGCACCUACCCGGCUCCCUGACGGCGACAAAGGCAGCAGCCACCCUUGCCACCCCAAUCACCCCACAUGCCCUUUGCCCACGGGGCCGCCUGCCCUCCAUCACGCCCGGCCACCCACCGUGCCACAGGCACCAUGGGCGAGGUGCCGGAGGGAUCCCCCCAGGCCCCGCUGGCUGUCCUCUCCAAGGUGGAGCUGCGGGUCAGCUGUAAGCACCUCCUGGACCGCGACACCCUCAACAAGUCGGACCCCUGCGUCCUGCUGCUGAUGCAGUCCCAGGGCCAGUGGAUGGAGGUGGACCGCAGCGAGGUCAUCAAGAGCAACCUCAACCCUGUCUUCGCCAAGAUCUUCACGGUGGACUACUACUUCGAGGAGGUGCAGAAGCUGCGCUUCGAGGUGUACGACAGCCACGGGCACGCCGAGGUGGGCACGCACGACGACGACUUCCUGGGGGGUAUGGAGUGUACCGUGGGUCAGAUCGUGGCGCAGAAGCGGGUGACGAAGCCUCUGUUCCUCAAGUACGGGAAGUUCGCUGGCAAGUCCACCAUCACGGUCAUCUCGGAGGAGAUUUCGGGGAACAAUGGCUACGUGGAGCUCGCCUUCCGUGCCAAGAAGCUGGAUGACAAGGACCUCUUCAGCAAAUCAGACCCCUUCCUGGAGAUCUACCGCAUCGACGAUGACCGCAGCGAGCAGCUGGUGUACCGCACCGAGGUGGUGAAGAACAACCUGAGCCCCAUCUGGGAGCCCUUCAAGGUCUCCCUCAACUCUCUCUGCAGCUGUGAAGAGAAGAGGAAGCUGAGGUGCGUGGUGUGGGACUACGACUCGCGUGGCAAGCACGACUUCAUUGGGGAGUUCUUCACCACCUUUGAGGAGAUGCAGAAGGCAAUGGGGGAGAACAAGGUGCAGUGGGACUGCAUGAACCCCAAGUACAAGCUCAAGAAGCGCAACUACAAGAACUCAGGGGUGGUGGUGCUGCUGGACCUGAAGAUCCACAGAGUCUAUUCCUUCCUGGACUACAUCAUGGGUGGCUGCCAGAUCCAUUUCACGGUGGCCAUCGACUUCACGGCCUCCAAUGGAGACCCUCGAAACAGCUGCUCCCUGCACUACAUCAACCCCUACCAGCCCAACGAGUACCUCAAGGCACUGGUUGCUGUGGGGGAGAUCUGCCAGGACUACGACAGUGAUAAGAAGUUCUCAGCACUGGGCUUUGGUGCCAGGAUCCCCCCCAAGUAUGAGGUCUCCCAUGAUUUUGCCAUCAACUUCAACCCUGAUAAUGAUGAGUGUGAAGGAAUCCAGGGCGUGGUGGAAUCCUACCAGAGCUGCCUGCCCAAAAUCCAGCUCUAUGGCCCCACCAACGUGGCCCCCAUCAUCUCCAAGGUGGCUCGUGUGGCAGCCGAUGAGGAGAGGACCAAGGAGGCUUCGCAAUACUUCAUCCUGCUGAUCCUGACGGACGGGGUGGUGACGGACAUGGCGGACACGCGGGAGGCCAUCGUCCGCGCCUCCUACCUGCCCAUGUCCAUCAUCAUCGUCGGGGUGGGCAACGCCGACUUCACCGACAUGCAGAUCCUGGACGGGGACGACGGCGUCCUGCGCUCCCCCAAGGGCGAGCCUGUCCUCCGCGACAUCGUCCAGUUCGUCCCCUUCCGCGAGUUCAAGAACGCGUCCCCGACAGCCCUGGCCAAAUGCGUGCUGGCAGAGGUGCCCAAGCAGGUGGUGGAGUACUACAGCUACAAGGCCUUCCCCCCGCGCUGUCCCCAGACCCGCGAUGCCCCCGAUGCCAACCUCAGCUCACCCCAGUGAUGCCCCCACUGCCCUUGGUGGGACACAGGGGCAGACAGGUGUCCCCAGUGGGUCCCAGGCCCAGCAGAGACCCCUCCUCGCCAGGAGCCACCAGAAGGCACACACAUCCCUCAGCUGGCACUCAGAUGAGGACAUGGGGACAUCCGGGUGCCCUAGUAAAGGACACACUCCCCAGCCAUGCCCAGGAGUGCCCAGAGUAGUCCAGGUGGUCUGUGCCCCACAGCCUGUCCCUAUUGUCCCCUUGGUCCCUGCUUGUCUGUCACUGUGGCAUUGUUUGAUGGCUGCAUGAUGACCCCCCCAGCAUUUGGAGGACCCUCCAAUAAAGUGACCAGCCCUGUGCCCACA